UUUCAGAUGGCUUAUGUGAAGAUGAGAUGGAUUUAUAUUUCCCUGGUGGUCCUGGGAGCCCUUUGUCUGUAUUUUAGCCUGGAUGGUCUGAGUCCUUUUAAAGGCGAACCAUUGGUUUUCAAGAACGAAGGUGGGAGCUUCCUUCAGCUCCCAGAUAUAGACUGCAGGCAGGACCCCCCCUUCCUUGUCCUGCUGGUUACUUCAUCCCACGAGCAGAUGUUUGCCCGCUCGGUCAUCCGGAGCACGUGGGGGAGAGAAAAGAUCGUGAGGGGAAAACGAAUAAAAACAUUCUUCCUCCUGGGAACCACCCCCAGUAAAGGCAUGUCGAGGGCCGUGUCCCAGGAGAGCCAGCAAUAUCACGAUAUUAUCCAGAAGGACUUCGUGGAUGUUUAUUCCAAUCUGACUCUAAAGACCAUGAUGGGUAUGGAGUGGAUCUACCGUUUUUGUCCGCAGGCAUCUUUCGUGAUGAAAACAGACUCUGACAUGUUUGUCAACAUCUACUAUCUGACUGAACUGCUCCUGAAGAAAAACAGAACAACUCGGUUUUUCACCGGCUACUUAAAACUAAACGAAUACCCAAUCAGGAAAAGGUAUAAUAAGUGGUUUGUUAGUAAAUUCGAAUAUCCGUGGGACAAGUACCCGCCCUUUUGCUCCGGUGUUGGCUAUGUUUUCUCCAGCGAUGUGGCGGGCCAGGUGUACAACGUAGCUGAAAGUGUCCCAUUCAUUAAACUGGAAGAUGUCUUUGUGGGGCUCUGCCUGGAAAAACUGCAAAUCACACUGGAGGAGCUUCACUCCAAGCAGACUUUCUUCCCCAAUGGGUUACCCUUCACCAUAUGCCGUUACAAGAAGAUCGUGGCCUGCCAUCACAUCAAGCCUCACAAUAUCCUGCUGUAUUGGCAGGCUCUGGAAAAUUCCCUGGAGGAAGAGUGUCCAGAUAUCUGAAGGGAGCCCAGCGGCACAUCUGGACACACAGCAGACAGCCCGCGGUGAUGGUGUUUGAAAGAUCUUGGAUGGCACGGCUGAGACUCCUGGGGUAGGGAGGGAGUAAGGAAGGAAGAGGCCGAAGAGUGAGGGUGAUAUCCUGAAGGCUUCCCAAUCUAAACCUGAACGCCACCGCGGACGAAUCCCCAUCUGGUGCCCCAAGCCAUCACAGAUACUCUCUCUUGAGUACCUACCCUGUUGCACUAAGUGAUGUAUGCCUGCAUUUUCUCAUGUCCGGGGUCAGCAUCUAUACGGAGUGGUGGGUGUUAGCACCCCAUCUCACACACAAGGCAACAGCAGCUUAGAGAAGCAUGCGGGCCUGUCCCAAGGAUUACAGCCAGCAGACACUGGAGCAGGGAUGAGAGCCCACCUCUCAGUACACCCCUGCGUGCUGCCUCUUGGGAGAGGACGGUGGUGUGGGAGGCUCCGAGGGAAGCCUUGCUGCUGGCAUCUGUCAGUCCCUUGCUCGAGUCCCCUCCUCCUCAAAUCCCAUUCCUGUGCCUUUUAGUGCAGAGACUGGGGUGAACCAAUGCGCCCCAGCUCCCUUUGUUCACUGCAGUGGGUCUGGCUGGCCUGAGACCGUGUUAGCAGCUUGGCCCUCAACUCACUGCAAAGCACGUGCCAGAAGACACCUCCACAGUGGCUGCAGCUCAGCCCCCCAGAGACACCCAGCUCGAGACAGCAAUCAGCCUUUCAAGAUUUGGCUCAGAAAUCGCUGUGAAGCUUGGCCCACUGUAGAGACUCGCUGGCCACUCUGCUGAGCGCGCGACCCCGAGAGCAUGGCAUUUCUUCCCAGCCAUCUGCGGCAACCCCGCCUGUCAGCUCCACGUGCCCUUGGUCUGCACGUCAGGUCUCCAAGUGCAAACCGGAAGGCAGCUGGAUGCAAGGCUUCGUCUGUGAAGGAUGCUGGGAGCUUUUCUGGGAACUUGGGUGGAUUUAACUCAAGACACUCGUAAGAACCCCCUGGGACUCUGAGCACUGAACUGAGUCCUGGUCAAGGGAGCGUCUUCCUGGGUCCGUUUCCUAAAUCAGAUCCUAGCUCAGCUUCUUUGAACUUCUCAGAUGGCCAAGGAACAGCUGAGUUUUGUGGUGUGGAGUUAAACCUUCAAUAUUCUUCUGGUGGUUUGGAAGAGCCUGUUCUGCAGGGUUGGGUGGCAAUGAAGCACUUUAUUUUUUUGGACAGGGUCUUUGCCCGUUCAGUCACUGUCACAUGACACGCAAAGCUAUUUUGCUCACGAUCAUCGAGAUGAACGGUUCUUACUUUCUACUUUACGGAACUGGAUGUUAGCAGCCUGCAAAGCCGAGACCUCACGUGGCUGUGAAACUUACAAAAGCUGGGUGAACCUCUUACCUGAACUCAGAAAGAGAUGUUCGCUGCAAAAUGGUUAUGGCCGUGUUAGAUUGCAAACUGGCAUCUUAUUUUGCACAGUGUUUCUCGUAUCUGGAUGGGGCUGCUUCUUGCAGAUGUGUUUUCUUAUCCUGGCUGCUCUGAACGUGCUAGGUCACGUUCAGAGAAGCCACCUCCUCAGGUGGGAAAUCAGGGACUGAACUUGUUUUUCUGAAGCCCAGAUUUUGCCAGGGUGGGUCCCUCGGUCCUGUAGGAUGGGCUGCCUCUCAACGGUGGGCUUUGAGGGUGAAGGAGUUUGUCUGUGCUUAGAAUCACAGAACCAGCCCUUGUCUGGUGCGCGUGUCCAGGUGGCCACCGGGCUGGGUGGGUGAGUGUGGCUGACUCAGGAUCUGGUCUUCUCAGCAUCCACCCGGAAGCCCUCGGCCGUAGGAGUCCAUGAGCACAGGCUCAGCUCCACCGAGAGCCGCUCUGUGUUCUUAAAGGACUUUCUGCAAAACACAUUCGGCCCCCUGCACCCCUCGCCGACUCUAUUUCUUUAUGUAGUCAAGACUUUUUCUUCUCGAGGGAAAAAAAAUGUUUCGUGACUGUAGACCUUGAAGAGACCACAGAGCUCAUUCGGUCCUGCCUUUACGUAGGAUGAAAAUAAAGCUUGAAGAGACCCAGAGGCUUGCCCAAGACUUUGCCCGAGACUUCACAGCUUGUUUGUUGUGGAAUGCGGGUUCCAGCCAGAGCUGUAUUCCAUGAUGCCGUCUUGCCUGGGUGAGAGUAAGAAACUGUGAAUUAGGAGGCGAAGCGAUGCUUUUCCAGUAACACCCAAAGCGAGUUUCAUAAUGGGAUCAGAGAGGAGCCCGGCUGGCGAUGCAGUGGCUUCACUCACAGGCAUCCAGGGACGAAUGAUGCUGAUGGCAAAGGCUCUUUGCUAGGCACUGAGAUAAGGGCUUUAAAAGUAUUACCUCCUUAGAUGCGCACAACCACUCCAGUGGGGAGGUGACUACCCACUUCCUUGCUUUACAGAUGAGGAAACUGAGGCAGAGACAGAGCAUGAACAGCUAGUUCAAGCUUAUUCCUUAGAUGUGCACAACCACUCCAGUGGGGAGGUGACUACCCAUUUCCUUGCUUUACAGAUGAGGAAACCGAGGCAGAGACAGAGCAUGAACAGCUAGUUCAAGCUUAUAUAGCUGAAAAGCAGCAAAAAUAGAAUGUGAACCCAAGCUCUUGGGGGCACGAUGCGUGCUGGGUACACUCAGCGCUGCGGCCCCUAGGCGGUCAGCGGGCCCCAGGGAUGCGGUCAGUGUGCAGAGGGAUGCAGGCGCCCACUGGCUUGGCUGCUCAGGUUGCACAUCUGGCCCGUCAUCAGUCUCUCCGCAUCACGCACACCCACCCUCCAGGAUCUGAACCCCGAAUCCUCCUCUCUGCUGGGCUCUCACAGAGCCAGCCUCUCCACUUUUGGGCUUGAUUCCCAGCUCUUCUUACCUCAGCAAGAGCAAGACCCCUGCCUAGGCCUCACUCUCACUCUCACGCUCCAUCUCCCCUCUGCCGGCUCAGCCCUCACAUGCCCAGAUGUGCUGUCAUUUCCCAUCUUCCAAACCAUCAUAAAACCCUUCCCCUUCACUGCCCCACCUCUCCCUUUGCUGUUCAGCCCCACAAGAGCGUGUUCCAUAUUUGUCUCCUUUUCUACCUGAAAUCCCCUCUCAUCGGACUCUGGUGCCUGACUCCACCAGAUGGUUCUUUCCAACGUCACUGAUGACCCGAGAUGCAGGAUCCAAGGUCUGGUCUCUGUCCUCAUCGUGCCGCCUGCACUGCGGGUCUUGCCCGCUUCCAGGACGCUGGAUGCUUUGUGUUCUCUUCCUCGCGGGUCGCUUCUUUGCUUGUUCCAUCUCCUCGCUCUGCCUUGGCCUCCUUUCUUCUCUGGUUGUACUCUGGUGGUCUCAUCCAGCCCCACGGUUUAAAAUAUCCUCUCUCGUGUUGAGGACGCCCGUUUAUCUCCAGCCCGGAAUCCUCUCUCACUUUUCAGUCUCACAUGUCCCACUGUCUGCUUAACAUCCCAUAGUGAGCAAAUCCGAGACUGAAGUCGGGAUGAACCCCUCCCUCCACUCCUAACCCGCACCACCUGCAGCCUUCACUACCUCAGGUAAUGGCCCUUCCAUCCUUUGGUGGCUCACGUCAAACACUUCGGAGCCAUCUGUGACUCCUCUCUCUCUCAGCCGGUAUGUCAGACCAUCAUUUUAUAUCCAGAAGCCAAUCACUGCCCCUCACUGUGCUAUUGCCACCCUGUCCAAGCCCCCGUCACCUCGCACCUGCGUUCCGGCAGUAGCUUCUACCUCGUCUCUCCACCUCCAUCGCUGCAUCCCCUUGGUCUGUUUCCUAGGCAGCAUCCAGACUACUCCUUUAAAAAUAUGGACCAGAGCAUCUUACAUCUCUGCUCCACACCCUCCAGUGAUGUCCCAUCUCUGAGAAAAGCCACAUCUUUAAUAUCAUUGUCUGCCUCUGUUAUUCUCUAACCUCAUCCCUUCCUACCCUCCCCUCACUCACUCUGGCCUCCCUGAAAGGAGAUACUAUUCCAGCAGCACAAACCUCCUUGCUCUUCCUGGAACAUCCAGGCACCCUCCAUCUUCCUCAGGGCCUUUGCACGGGCUGAUCCCUCUGCCAGGCUCGCCCUUUCCUUAGACAGUCUCAUGGCCCAUUCCUUUGCUUUCUUCACAUCUUUGACCAUAUAUCCCCUUCUUAAUGAGGCUCAUCCUGAUUACUUUCUUUGGAAUUGCAACUCAACCCACCCCCUGUCCCCUUGCCUUGUUAUAUCGUUUCCAUUGCACUUAUCAAUUUCUAACGGAGUAUACAAUAUCUAUUCAUUAUCGUGUGGCUAUUUUGUUAAUGUUUAUAGUUCAGCCCACUUGAGCAAAAGCUUCGUGCAGGAAUGGGUCUUUGUUUUCUCCACUGAUGAACCUCAAAUUCGUAGCACAGUUCCUGGUACAUAGUAGAUGCUCAAGAAAUAUUUGUCGAUUGGAUGUGAGAUGACCUUUAUGGAAGGUGGUUUUAGAGGG